AUGGUUUCACGUAACUUUACAACUACUCUUCGUACUAUUACUCGCACAUCCCGUCCCCUGAUGGCUAGACCCAUGAUGUUUACUGUUUUGAAACAAUUUGCUGUCAAAGCUACUAUAGGUACUGAAGAAGUGGUUUACGAACGAUCUGAUGUAUCCAAGGAGAAACUGUUGGAAACUUUCAAGGAUGACACUAUUGCUGUUCUUGGUUAUGCUCUCAACUCGCGUAAUAAUGGUGUAAAGCAAGCCAUUGAAGAAGAUUGGAUUCCUGGAAAAAACUUGUUUCCUCUUUUGGAAGCUGUUGAUCGUGGUACUAUCGAUCAAACCAAUAUAUCAUCCCUCCCAAAGAUAUCGAUGUUGUGUUUGUUGCUCUCAAGGGAUCUGGAUUCAACUGUCAGUCGUCUUUUCCAAGAAGGUCAUUGUAUCAAUAGGUCUUUUACUGUUUAUCAAGAUGCUAGUGGUAAGGCUAAGGAACGAUAUUUGUAUGAAGCUACUUUUGAAAAGGAAAUAUACCCUGAUUUGUUUGGUGAACGUAGUAUAUUGACGGGUGCUAUUCAAGGACUUUUCCAAGCUCAAUAUGAAGUUUUUCGUGCUAAUGGUUAUUCUCCCUCUGAAGCAUUCAAUGAAACUGUAGAAGAAGAUAAAUCAAUUUAUCCCUUGAUUGGUGAACGUGGUAUGGGCUGGAUAUAUUCUAACUGCUCAACUAUUGCUCAACGCGAUGCUUUGGACUGGUGGCGACCUUUUCAUAAUGCCUCCAAGCCGGUGUUUGAACAACUUCAUCGAUCUGUACGUGAUGGUUCCGAAACAGCCCGUUCUUUAGAUCGUAAUUGUCGACCUGAUUAUCGUGAAAAAUUGGAAGAAGAACUCCGUGAAAUUCCUGAUCAAACUCUGCGCCAAUUACGUCCGGAAAACGCUGACAAGAACUAA